AUGGGUACCGUGAAGGGCGCCCGCCCGCCCUCGCACACCGCCUACUACGUGGCGAUGGCGGGCAUCCUCACGUUGCUCGUGAUGCUUUGCUGCUACUUCCUCUACUUCUGCAUACGGAGAUGUAAAGAGCUAGCCUCGCAACCGUUGCCGUCGCCGGUGAAGUCAGUGCGUCCGCCGCCGCCGACCAAACCCGCCUCGUAUCCGGUGCAGCCAGGUGUCCGAGAGAGCGCCACCGCCAUGGCGCGCCUGUGCCAGCUGCCGCCCGGCCACACGGAUACAGUGCACCCGCGGCGGACCUCCGGCGAGAGAUCCUCCUCUCUCCCUCCUCCUCGCAUCCUCUCCCGAUCACUCUCCCCUCACUCAUCGAACUCCCCAUAUUCGACACUCUCUCCUCCCUCUACUCUCUCUCCGAACACUUUAAAACCACCAGCAGGGAAACUCAACCCCGUCCAGAGUCCCACUAAGUCUCCGUCCCCAAAGAAGGCUGCUAACACUGUUCCAAAUAAUGAAAAGGAU